AUGUUACCAAUUCGAGCUGGAUCUGAUGCAUUACAUUUUGAAGUUAUGACAGAUAGUCAACAACAAGAUUACUUGGAUUCUAAAGAUAUAGGUGAAAUCAAAGGUGCCAAAUUAACCGAUGCUGGAAUACUCAAACCUGUAGCUAUGUGGACAUCAGAUUCAGGUAUUGACACAUUUGAUCUAGGUCAAAAUAUAGCAGGAUGGUGUCGUUUGAGAUUUCAGGGUCCACGUGGUUUUGGUGUCUACAUUAGUUAUGACGAAGUUCUAACCCAACCAGUUGUAUCUACUAAGUAA